AUGGCCUAUCUUGAUCCGAUAGAGACCACCCUGCCGCUUCUAAGAGGGAAGAUAUCUCUCCAAGAUGCAUUAACAGAGGAUGACGACAUCAUCCUACGAUUAUCCUACCCUGCCAAACGCCUCGACUUUUGGCUUCAUCUCUACCGCAGUCGUCCUCAGAUCGUUCAAAUUGUUUCUCGGCACCUUAAUAUUCCACCCUCCGACUUCAGACUAGAAGAGGUAAAAGAGUGGAUUCAUGGCAGUUUCAACGCUUGUAUUCCCAUCACUAUUCUCGAAAGCACUCGGCAUCCAAGGUUACCUCCACGAGCCAUCAUCCGCUUUCCGCUACCAUACCGGAUUGGCGAGACAUUCAACCCCGGAAAUGUUGACGAGAAGCUGCGCUGUGAAGCUGCUACCUACGUCUGGCUGCAGAGAAACUGUCCUUCUAUUCCAGUGCCUCGCCUCCUGGGCUUUGGCUUCCCGGGAAUGCAAUCGUUUACGGCGCUGGCCAGUGAAUCGUUCUACCAUCGAAUGCUAUGGCACCUUCGUCGCGUUACAUCGUGGGUGUCUGGAUCUGCUCUUGCCCCGUACUUCUCGCACCGUCGCCAACAUCUCCAGGAUCUUGGAUACCUAAUAGUUGAGUAUGUGGAUCAGGGCAAGAUGCUUUCCGAGUCUUGGGAUCAAUAUCGUCAUGACAACAAUCAAAGGACGAACCUCUUCCGGGACCUAUCUCGAAUGAUGCUGUGUCUUGCAAAGGUUCCAUUACCUCGUAUUGGCUCAUGGACAAUAGAUGAUCGAGGUCUCCUCGCACUGAGAAAUCGUCCACUUACAUGCCUCCUCCACGAGUUGGAAAAUGCACAGAUUCCGACAAACAUGCCCCGUAAUCUAACCUAUACGUCGACGGAACCAUAUUUGUUGGACCUCAUCGCUUGCCAUGACGUGCGCCUUCGGUGUCAACCCAAUUCAAUUCAUGACAAGAGCGAUGGUGAGGCACAGUUGGCAGGCCUGACCGCCAUGCGGGCUCUCCUUACCAAAUUUACGGAUCGACGUCUCCGUGAAGGACCUUUUGUCCUAUCACUCACCGACUUGCACCAGAGCAAUAUCUUUGUGGACGGCGACUGGCACAUCACACGAGUGAUCGACCUCGAGUGGGCAUGUGCUCGCCCCAUCGAAAUGCUCAGCCCUCCCUCCUGGCUGUCCAAUCGCAGCCUUGAAGAACUUGGUUUCCACCUAGAGGAAUAUGCCAGGUUACAUGAGGAGUUUCUGGAUGUGUUCAACGACGAAGAGCUGACGUGUUCCAAGUCCGACUCAUGUUCUCGACUUAUUGAAAACUGCUGGAAGACAGGGGCUUUCUGGUAUCUCCAGGCGUUAGACAAUCCCAGCGCGCUACUCGCUGUGUUCAUUGAUCAUAUUCAGCCGUUGUUCGCAAAGCUCUCCACCGCCGCAGUGAAGGAAUUCAAUCGUGUGCUCACGCCCUACUGGGAUCGAGAUACUUCACAAUUCAUUUCUUCGAAGGUCGUGGAACAGGAUCAGUACUCCGAUCGCGUUCGAGAGAUCUUUGCAACUGCUGCUCUAUGCGACAAGCACGAUGAGGACGACCAGUGACAACAUUUGCAGCAAGCGGUUGUCACAACUUCAGCCGGCACAAGCUUUGGAGACAUGAGUGUGUCCUACUGUUGGCUUAGCAAAGCGAUGAUACCACCACGAUGCCAUUGUGACGACAUAUGUUCGAUAGUAUUGGUGCAGCAAACUCUACGACCACGCUGCUGGAGGUUUGCUUGAAUCGAAGCGAUGCAUCUACUGGAAUUCCAAACGGCAACAAGCGACUACAGCCAAGGAUCGUUCCCCUAUGGUCCAGGCAGACACUCAGGGCAAGCAACAAGCUCUGGCCUAAAUUCUUGGCCACUCCGCAUCCCUUCUCCUCGCUCUUCGCCAAUCACUGUACGCGGCACCAUGGAGGUCAUCUAUGCUCAGGACGUCUGCGCCUUCCCUGACCAAGAUGUGCCAAAGGUGGUUGCGUAGCCCUACUGGCCAGGAGGGCACACCCCAGUAACGCACUUUGAGUCCAUGCUUGUGUGCACCUCUUACCUGGCCCCUGAUCCGCUGAAGUUGCGCUUGAGUCAGUCGUGACCCCCAAACGCGCCCGACCGAUGCCGUAAAGCUGGCCGAUGCAUAGAAGCUGUUGGAGCGAUCGUAUGCAUUGUCGACUGGCUUGACG